AUGCCUCAAUCGGAGAAUUUCACUCCACCUGACCUGAGUCCGCCCUUUUCCCCUGACCAAAGUCCUACAGCUUUACGCCCACAACGACUAAGAUCCCCAGUGAACCUCGCAUCAACUGACACAUAUUCUGUCUGUGGGUCUAGUGAAGAUCAGAGCAGGAACCCCCGAGUUACAAAUGGAAGUGCGCCUCCUAGGCACCUCCGUCAUGUGAGAGACCGACACCUUCAAUCCAAGGAUAUUAUCACAAAUGCGCGGAAACAACGAAAAAACUCCUGGACCAGAUAUGCACACAGAAAAUUCAAACCAAGUCAAUGUUUAGUUUUCAGUGUUGACUACCUGGUACCCUCAGCAAUCCGUAACGCCGUUCAGGCAAAGUAUCGCGACGACUUGGAAGGUGGCUCGGAAGAGUUCACGCAUAUGAGGUAUACAGCGGCUACCUGCGACCCUGAUGACUUUACUCUAAAAAAUGGUUACAAUCUUCGUCCAGCCAUGUACAACCGUCACACAGAGUUAGCUAUUGGAAUUACCUACUUCUGCGAAGACAGGAGGAUGCUUUCUCGCAGUCUUCAUAGUGUGAUGGAAAAUGUUCGUGACAUUGUUAAUCUGAAAAUGUCCGAGUUCUGGAAUAAGGGCAGCUCAGCAUGGCAGAAGAUCGUCGUAUGCCUCCUCUUCGAUGGAAUUGAACCUUGUGAUAAGGAGACACUUGAUGUCUUAGCCACUGUUGGAGUAUACCAAGAUGGCAUCAUGAAGAAAGACGUCGAUGGGAAGGAAACCGUCGCACACAUCUUCGAGUAUACAACGCAACUCUCGGUCACGUCUUCUCAACAGCUUGUUCACCCUCUCGACGAUCAUCCGAGCUUUAGUCCGGUCCAGAUGAUUCUGUGUCUCAAACAGAAAAACAGCCAAAAGAUCAACUCACAUCGCUGGUUUUUCUCAGGAUUUGGAAGAAUUCUUAAUCCUGAAGUAUGCGUCGUACUCGACGUUGGCACCCGCAUCCUUCCAGGAAGUCUCCUGUGUCUGUGGGAGGCGUUCUACAAUGACAAAGACCUUGGAGGAGCAUGCGGCGAGGUUUAUCCCUGGCUUGGGCCGGGGUGGCGAAAACUGUUCAAUCCGCUCGUCGCAGCUCAGCUAUUUGAGUACAAGAUCAGUAGUGGCCUUGACAAGCCGAUGGAAAGCUUUUUUGGCUAUCUGACGGUCCUUCCAGGCGCUUUUUCUGCUUAUCGCUUCCGAGCCAUUGUAGGGAGACCACUUGAGCAAUACUUUCGGGGGGAUCCCACCUGGAUCCUUGGGUUUAAACGUCAGACUGUUCUCCAAAAAAACCUUUAUCUUGCUGAGGACAGAAUCCUUUGCUUCGAGCUUGCAUUCAAAGCCGGCUCUAAAUGGCAUUCAGCCUCGGUGAAAGCAGCCAAAGGCGAGACGGAUAUACCAGAACAUGUGAUUGACUUUAUUACUCAACGAAGAAGAUGGCUGAACGGAGCUCUCGCGGCAGUAACAUACUCGGUGACACAUUUUAGACAGCUUUACCAAUCGAGUCACAACAUCCUCCGGCUAGCACUUUUCCACGUCCAACUUUUGUACAACAUUAUUUCGUUCACCUUGUCGUGGUUUAACCUAGCGACAUUCUUGCUAACCAUAUUCAUUGUCACCGACAUAUCGAGUUCUCCCCCAGCCGAUUCCACCAUAAGGCCAUGGCCAUUUGGUGCAGCAACGCCAAUAUUCAAUGCGGUUCUUCAAACUGUCUAUUUUCUGACGAUCGUCUUUCAGUUUAUAUUGGCCCUGGGUACGCGGCCGAAAGGCCAAGUCUGGAGCUAUAUAGUUUCCUUCCUUAUUUUUGGGGUGAUUCAGCUUUACUUCAUCAUGAAUGUGGUGUAUCUCCUCGCAGUCGCAUUGCUCCACAAAAAAAGCAGUUCUAAUGCUCACAGUUACGCGUACAUAACAACUUUCUACAGCGAAAUUGGGCAAUUGACCAUUUGGAUCACUUGCGGAUCUGUUUUUGGAGUCUACUUUGCGACAGGGUUUCUCAAUUUUGACCCAUGGUACUUAUUUUUGGCUUACCCACAAUACCUCUUUAUCCAAUCCUCCUACACCAAUAUCAUCAAUAUAUACGCCUUCAGCAACUCUCACGACGUUAGUUGGGGUGGUGAGGGUAGGGUAGAUGCCAGCGAAGCACUUCCUUCCGCAACGGUUACAAAAGGACAGAAGCAGCAAAGUCCAGUCGAGGUUGAGAUGUCUGACGUAUCUCAAGCGGACAUCGACUCCACAUUCGAAGCAACGGUAAAACGUGCACUCACACCUUUCACAGAAAAACGCAGAGACGCCAAUAGGACGCUGGAAGAUCAAUUCAAAGAUUUCCGCACGAAACUAGUCUCAAUCUAUAUCUUCAGUAAUUUUGUCCUCUGCCUGGUCGUGAUGAAUGACAGUUUUGACGCAUUGAAGUUCAUGGUAAGUCGAGACCUUGGCCUUUUCGGCGUGAAGAAUUCCACCCUCCAUUCAAGUGGCAAUGAAGACUGGGAUCGCCCUCUAACCUGUUCACCAGGGAAAUUCGAGACAACACAAGAUUUGGUUCUUCCGGAUUUGGAUGUGGGCGACUUCGGCAUGCUUUCUUUUACGAUUCCUUGGAUUUUUCUGCAACAGAUUCUUUGA